AUGGCUCCUGAUAGAAUUGACGUGCACCACCACUUUGUGCCCGACUUCUACCGCGAGGCCGUUCUUACUUCAGGCGGAGACCCUUCGGGCUGGGAGGUCCCGAAAUGGAGCCCUGAGACCGACGAUGCCGUCCACAAGAAAUUUGGCAUUGCCACGACGGUCCUGUCCCUGACGGCUCCUGGUGCCUGCAUCCUCAAGGACCCGCAGGCCGCUGCAGACCUGGCUCGCAAGACAAACGAGUAUGCCGUCAAGCUGAGGGACGAGAACCCGAAGAAGUACGGCUUCUUGGCCGCACUGCCAAACCUGCUGGACAAGGAGCUGGCGCUCAAGGAGAUCGCCUACGCCUAUGACGUGCUCAAGGCGGACGGCGUCACCCUCUUCACCAGGUACGGCAAGGACAACCACUACUUGGGCCACCCAGAUUUUAAGGACAUCUGGGCCGAGCUCAACCGCCGCUCGGCCGUCAUCCUGGUGCACCCUACCCACCCGGUCGACACCAGCCAGGUCAGCAACCUCCCGCAGCCAGUGAUCCGGUACCCCUUUGAGACGACCACCACGGCCCUCGACAUGCUGCACAACAAGACGGUGCGCAACAACCCGAACUGCAAGAUCAUCCUGUCCCACGCCGGCGGCACCCUGCCUUUCCUCAUCGGCCGCCCUGCCAGUAUCCUGCCCAAGGGCAAGGAGGAGCUCGACGCCUUCUGGGACGACGCUCGCAACUUCUACUACGACACUGCUGUCGCGGGCACCGAGAACGUCCUCAAGAUUCUCGAGACGUUCGCUAAGCCGGGGCACAUUCUCUACGGUAGCGAUGCACCGUACGCCCACGAUGGUAUCAUUGAGUUUCACACUACAAGGCUUGACGAGUACAAGUUUCAGGACCCUGACAUGCUGAGGAAGAUCAACAGGGAGAAUGCGCUGGCUCUGUUCCCUAAGCUCAAGUAG